AUGCUACCGGUAGGCCUGGUCGCAGGCCUACGGGUAGGCGACCGGCAGCCCUACCCGCAGGCUGCCGCAGACUCUACCGACAGGUUCAAUCGAGACUUGAUAGAGCACAUUGAGUCCGAGACGAGUGGCAACUUCAAGAACAUCUUGGCCUCCGUGGACUACGACAAGGAUUGUGACAACCUGAAGAAGGCAAUGGAUGGAAUCGGGACCAAUGAGAAGGCCAUGGACACGUAUGGAGAAGACCUCUACGCCAGAAUCGAUGACGAAACCUGGGAUUGGGGCACAAGUAUCUUUAUGACGCCCAAUUUCCGAGCUGCAAUGCUUGGACUGAUGAGGUCGCCCUCAGAGCGUCUUGCAUGCGCGGUCCGGGAUUGCAUUGUUGGCUGGGGCACGGAUGAUACGGGACUCAUCACCCUGCUGGUGCAUCUGUCGGAACGACAGCGUCGUGAUUUGGUGGAGAAAUACAGGGAGAUCAAGAAUGGCGGAGACAUCUACGAGGCCAUUGCAGGCGACACGAGCGGUGACUACAAGCAAGCUCUGCUCGCACUGGUGAAGCCGCCUCCCAAGGUCUGGGCCGAAGCUAUCCUGUCCUCUAUGAAGGGCUUGGGAACCGCUGACAACCUCUUGAUCAACUGGAUGUGCAUCGCGAAAGAGCGCAUGAACGAGGUCAGAGCGCAUUUCCAGGAGUUGGGCGCUGGUGAACUGCCGGGCUGGAUUGCCAGUGAGUGCGGCGACAGCGACUACAAGGACACACUCCUGCGGCUGGCCAAUCGCCGCUGCGAGCGCUUCGCCGGCCAGGAGGUUGGUCUCAGCAUAGCGCCGCCACAAACCAAGGAGGAUGCCGUUCUCAAGUUCACCACCACCUUCAACAAACUGUGCAAGCUUCGACGGGACAAGGGUGACAACAUCGUUCCCGGUGAGGAGGACCAGCAGGCCAUGGGAAAUGCCUUCUUGUACUAUGGGUCGCUGUCCAGCUGCGCACCGAACCUGGACAUUCCAGGUCUCUGGGACUUGACGAACGCAUGUGGCUUCCCACCUGGAGAUGAUGGUCCCGACUUGGUCGCAACUUUCAACGAGUGGGAUGUGAGCGGCACCGGCGAGAUCACCUGGAAUGACUUCGUCCGCGAAAUGACGACACGCAUCAACGAUCCGGGACAUUUCGAUGCUGACCCACUCCCUCAGACCAUCGACAUGAUCUCUAUUCCAGAUGCACCCUUGGGUGAUGGCUACAAAGCCCACAUGCACAUGUUCAAUGCCUCUGACGAUGACUAUGAGGAAUAUGAAGACUCGGGCGCGCCUGCACCGGCCAUGGAGUACGACAUGUAUGCAGCCUUUACGGAUGGUAGCUGGAAAGAUGUGCUUGCCGGUGUGGAGCCGACUGAGGAUGGAGGCAGAAACUGCACUGUCGGACUUCCGGUAGGGAUUGAAGGACGGUACUGUAGCAGUACUUUGCAGCAUAUGACCGUAUUCUAG